AUGGAGGAAGCUGGAAGUUCGUUUCCUCAGCGAACGGCGUCAGUGAAGAAGCGGGUUUCCGUUGCUUGUCAAACGGACGUGCCAUACGGUGCGACGAGCCAUUCUUCAUUGGCUCAGCCGAAUCGCACGGCAUCGAGUGGCUUAUUAGCUGUGAACCCUUCGAGCACCCCAGCAACAAGUUCUCGGGCCACAACGACUUCACCCGCGACCGAAGAGCAAACGUUAAGGGUUACAAUUCAGCAUUUUUCGAAGAUGGUGGAUACGCUCUGCUCUCCAUGUAAACGAAUCAAUGGUGUUCCAUGGAGGAUAAUGGUAAUGCCAAAACAACAUAUGGUGCAGAAGAAGAACCAAAAGUGUAUGGGCUUUUUCCUGCAAUGUUGUCCAGACAACACCUAUUCGGAUGCGUGGACGUGUCAAUCUGUAGCAGAAAUGCGGUUGAUCGCCCAGAAAAGUGGUGUACAAAAUUUCGUGCGGAAAACUACGCACGUAUAUAGUGCUAAAGAAAAUGAUUGGGGCUAUUCGUGCUUUAUGACUUGGGCGGAUUACUUGACGAAAGCAAGGGCUAAUGAUAAAGGAUGGACCGAUGUCACCGUUGCGAAAUAA